CGCCUCUUAAACCUCAUCUCUUCUUUACAUCGUAGCUAUCGCCUCUCACACCACACCACACCACACCACACCACAAUCCACUUCGUAGCUCUUCCUCCCAUGGCGAGCGUCGUGAGCUUCGCCUGUGCGAAACCCAUCGUUUCCCCGACCCCCAAAUCGUCCCACGCUCUCCCCACCGAAGCCCCCAAAUUCCAUCUACUCUCCCACCCGAACCCUAAUUUCCAUUCCCUCAAGGCCAAGGCUACGGAGAGCAACCAGAGUACGAAAAAGACUAGCAUCGUCUGUAUCUGCUGUGAAGGAAAUGGUGCGGUAUUAUGCACACAAUGCAAAGGAACGGGAGUGAAUUCGGUCGAUCACUUUAAUGGUCAAUUUAAAGCUGGUGCUUCAUGCUGGCUUUGCAGGGGUAAACGGGAAAUCUUAUGCGGGAACUGCAAUGGGGCAGGAUUUAUGGGUGGUUUUCUGAGUACUUUUGAUGAAACAGCUCAAUAGUGCUGAACACAUACUACGGCCAUGUAGUUCGUGCUGGUUUUAAUCUAUUGUAUCUGCAAUGAUUUUCGUGGAAGGAUAGUUUCCUUCUUUAACAAUUACUAUAGGACUUGUAUGAGACUUUUCUUUUACGAAGAUGUGAAUUAAUUUUAGUUAUUAUUUGUGGAACCAAUGGAUAUUUGUGGAACCAAUUGAUACUUGUGGACU